CCCCGAUCUCGUACCCUUCGAGAGCGGCCGCCGCUUGGCGCGCCAUGGACAUGCCGCCGCCGCCCCCGCCUCCGCCUCCGCCUCCUCCACCACCGCCUGGGGUGGAGGAAGCGCCGGAAGGCAGAGCUCGGCGGAAGGGGCCCUCGCCCUUUGUAGUGAACACUGCGGACUGCACCGGCAAGUCCUCCAAGGACUUGUUUUCCCAUGUGGCCGCCGAGCUGGGCUGGCGCGAGGUAGAUCUGGACGAUCAUAAAGUGAGGCCCACGAUCUUCUGCGUCAUGCAAUCGGCGGACUGGCUGAAGCGGAUGCCGCUUCCGCCCCGCUGCUGGAUCAACCGCUACGGGGCGCCGGAGGUCUGCGACAAGGGCCACUUCGCGCGCAUGGCGCGAGCUUGCAAGGACUUGUGCAGCCCGGAGUACUUCUCCUUCAACCCGGGCACCUGGGUCUUGCCGGAGCAGCUGCCGGAGCUCCGCGCCACGUUGGAGAAGUCCAAGGCCACCUUCAUCGUGAAGCCCGAGGACGGAUCGCAGGGCGACGGCAUCUUCUUGGUCCAGGGCCUUCGGCAGUUCGACGUGAAGAUCUCCAUGCUGCGCAACGCCGUGGUGCAGAAGUACAUCAGCAAGCCCUUGCUGUUGAAUGGCCUCAAGUUCGAUUUGCGCAUGUACGUGUGCAUCGCGGGUGGCUCUGAUGUUCCCAUGUCUGCAUGGGUCUGCAGAGAGGGCCUCGCGAGAUUCUGCACUGAGACCUACGAACGUCCCAGCCAGCAGAAUAUGCACCACUGCAUGAGCCACCUGACAAACUAUUCGCUGAACAAGCGAAGUGAAAACUUCGAGCACUGCGCGGAGUCUCUGGACGAAGUCUUUGGGGAUGAGAAUGUGUCAUCCAAGAGGCCCCUGACAGUCUGCCUAAGGCAACUGGCCCAGGAGCACGAGGGCUUCGACGUGGAUGCCUUCUAUGACUCGGUGCUGCAGAUCGCGCAGCGCUGCACUGCGCUCUUCGGCCCCGUCUUGGCGGCGCAGAGCCGACAGAUGCGGUGCUUCCAGGUCUUUGGCUUCGACGUCAUGCUGGACGAGAACUUCAAGACUUAUUUGCUGGAAGUGAACAACUCGCCUUCUCUUUGCAUCGACGAGGCAUUGCCAGUGGCUGAAGCCGACCGGAAGGGCAAAAGCCGCGAGAAGGACAAGGAGAAGGUCUGCUACUGCAUGGACAUGGCGCAAGCACACCGGCACCAGACAGCGCUGGUGGAUCUGGAGGUGAAGUCGCUGAUGAUGUCGGGCGCCUUCCGCCUCUUGGAGCAGCUGGAAGCCGGCGGGUUAGGUUCCCAGGUAGAGUCGUAUCUCCAAGUGCCGGCGGACCCUGAGCUGGGGCCGCUGUUGCUGCGGGUGGAGAUUCUCUACAACCAAGCGGGCGGAGCCAAGGCCUUUUCCAGCACCGCGCUGCGCCGGACCUUUGCUCCCCUCUGCGGAAGAGGUCUUCAGAAGACCGACUUGGACAUCUUGGCGCAGAAGCUGCGGAUGUCUCUGACCAAAGAUCGGCCCGAGUUCUUGCGACUCUUUGACUUUCUGGAGGUGCUGCUGUGUGUGGGGGAGCGAGCCUUUGGGUCCCGGCAGCUGGAGCCAGUGCUGUCCGCCUUAGAAGUUUGAGCAAAAUCGCUGGCU